CAAAACCCCAAGAGCUGUAUAGUGCCGCUGUCUCUAUGGAACUCUGUUUGAAAAGAAAAAAUUCUGCACCUUGAUUUGAACUAUGACUCGUUUGCAGACACCAAUGGGAAAUCCUACGUGGAGUUGUAAUGGAGAGUGUGGAUAGCUCGGCUCUAGAUCUGGGAGGGGUCAGAAGGUUAUUGAUAUUGUUAGGCUAUCUGUGGAAAAACAUAAAUAGCUGGAAGACACACAGUAAUCCUGCAGUCUUUCUCUGAAUGCCCGGGAACAGGUGACCUCAACUCAACACUUCUGCGGAAAACUUCAUCUGCCUCUGCAAACCCAAACCAGCAUGGAAAAGAUGACAUCUCUCACAGUAAACUGCUGGCUGCAGUUGCUGACACUGACUCUGGCCCUGCUGAGUGGGAUCCUGGCAAUGCCGGUGGAUGUGGACCACAUGUGCAUGGCGCCAUCCACAGCCAAAUAUAGACUGACAUUUACCGGCAAGUGGAGUCAGACUGCCUUCCCCAAGCACUACCCUCUGUACAGGCCGCCUGCCCAGUGGUCCCCUAUUAUUGGAGUAACUCACAGCACAGACUAUCACAUCUGGCAAAGGAACGAGUACGCCAGUAAUGGGGUGAGAGAGUUCUCUGAGAGAGGAGAGGCUUGGACUCUGAUAAAGGAGGUGGAGGUGGCUAGGGAACGCAUCCAGAGUGUCUAUGGUCUCCUCUCAACACCACCUGUGGUUGGAGGAACUGGUCAAUCAACCACAGAAUUUGAGGUUUAUGCACGGCACUCCUUACUGUCCUUCAUUGUCCGCAUUGUGCCAAGUCCAGACUGGUUUGUGGGAGUAGACAGUUUGAACUUGUGUGAAGGGGAUCACUGGAAGGAGAACAUCAGCUUGGAUCUCUAUCCCUAUGAUGCGGGCACAGACAGUGGUUUCACCUUCUCCUCACCUAAUUUUGAGACCAUUCCUCAAGACAAGGUGACACAGAUAACCUCAUCAUUCCCAAGCCACCCUGCAAACUCCUUCUAUUAUCCCAGACUAAAGCAGCUCCCUCCAAUUGCCAAGGUCCUCCUAACUAAGAUCAAGAACAACCAGAUAUUCAACUUACCGAUUCAACCAACGCAAUCCAAUCAGAUUCCAAGUGGCAAUGAAAUAGACGGGUCACUCAUAAAUACCCCUCUGGACUGUGAGGUGUCCAUCUGGUCACCUUGGGGUCUUUGUAAGGGUCAGUGUGGUGAGAAGGGGGUAAAACACAGAACUCGCUAUAUUCUUAUGCAUCCUGCAAACAACGGGGCUGCCUGCCCUCCCUUAGAGGAAGAAAAGCUCUGUAUCCCCGACAACUGUGUGUGAAUGUAAAAAGGACAUUCAAGAUGGGGACCAAUGAUCCAUCCCUCUUCUCAGAAUAAUCCACAUAGCAGAAUCCACUGGAUAACAGACACAAAAUGAGACUUUUUAAUUAAAGAGAAAAACUGGCAUCGGUGAGGUUAUAAUGUAGUCUAGGUGAGUUAAAGCUGAAGUGUGUCAUUUUUGGGGGGAAUCACCAAAUGAAACUGUAUAUCCUGAACCAGGGCCGUAGCAAGGAAUUCUGGGCCCCCUGACUGUAUAUUGCUCUGGACCCCUUACCUAUUAAAAAAAUUCAGUUUUGAAUUUGUUGUGGGCCCCCCUCGACCUUUGGGCCCCUAGAAUCGUUACCACCUUUCACCCCAUUAGCUACGGCCCUGUCCUGGACACGCCUCAUCUUCCAAUCGUUGGUCAGUAAGACAUUCCCUCCCCAAACUCAUGCCAUGGGUUGAGUCAGUGUUUAAGGAGUCUGGUGCUCUCUGGUGGAAAAACACACCAGUUACAUUAUCAAGCUAGAUAGUUGUUCUUGUCCAACUUUGCUGUUUCAGUGAAUGAUAUCUGUACA